AGGAUGAAUCAUAUGAUGUCUCCAUCAGUGAUGAUGUGGAGUUGAAUGGAACUGCUAUUGGGAUAGACGAGAACACUAAUGCACUGGAUGAAGAGACUAUAAAGAAGAACCGGGAGAAGUUGUUCACCAAGCGAGGUACUCCUAAGGCCUCCAAGCUGGAGAAGACUAAGAGCCCCAAGCCCAAAGGCAAGAAGGGCAAAGAGGCAACUGUGUGGGACUUGGAUGGGAGAGACUCUAAAAGCCUAGACUUCUCGAAGCCUGGUGGUGUUGGUGGGGGUGUUAAGUCUUCCCUUCGCCCAGAUUUCCUACCAAAUCCAUCCCAGAUUGGGACACUUUCGGGAAAUCUGAAAGGUAUGGACAUCCCAACCGAGAGAGAGACCACAGACAAGAAAUCGUCCUCUGGUGGAAUGUUUUCUAUGUUCCGGGGGCUAGUUGGGGGCAAGACCCUGACUGAGGCAGAUGUGGACCCUGUUCUUGAGAAACUGAAGGAUCAUCUUAUUGGAAAGAAUGUAGCUUCUGAAAUUGCCAAUAAAUUGUGCCAUUCUAUUGGGAAAAAACUGGAGGGCAAAGUUAUUGGAACAUUUGAGGGGGUAUCUAGCACUGUGCGGUCCACUCUGACAGAGGCCUUGGUGCAACUGCUGACACCUAAACGUCGUCUGGAUAUUCUCCGUGAUGUGGUUGAAGCCAAAUCCUCCACCCGCCCAUAUACCAUGGCAUUUUGUGGUGUAAAUGGUGUUGGAAAAUCAACUAACUUGGCAAAGAUUACGUUCUGGCUCAUUGAAAAUAAUUUCCGCGUGCUGAUAGCUGCUUGUGACACAUUCCGAGCAGGAGCUGUGGAGCAGUUACGCACCCACAUGCAUCACUUGAAUGCUCUUCAUCCACCAGAGAAGCAUGGUGGACUCACUAUGGUGGAACUGUUUGAACAGGGAUAUGGUAAAGACGCAGCUGAAAUUGCUCGACAUGCCAUUGAGUACUCUCGUAAAAACAACUUUGAUGUUGUACUUAUUGAUACUGCUGGUCGUAUGCAGGACAAUGAGCCCCUUAUGAGGGCACUUGCCAAGCUGAUCAUGGUAAAUGAACCAGACCUGACUCUUUUUGUGGGUGAGGCUCUUGUUGGUAAUGAGGCCGUGGAUCAGCUGGUGAAGUUCAAUCGUGCUUUAGCUGACCACUCCAGCACAAAUACACCUCAGGUCAUUGAUGGCAUUCUCUUGACCAAGUUUGACACCAUUGAUGACAAGGUUGGAGCUGCUAUCUCAAUGACAUACAUCACUGGUCAACCAAUUGUGUUUGUUGGCACAGGCCAGACUUACACAGAUCUCCGCAAUUUGGAUGCUAAGGCAGUGGUCCAUGCACUCAUGAAGUGAGCUUCAAGGAAUCGCAGGCUGUGAGGGGUAGGAAUAUAGGGGUGGGUAACUCAUGUUAGUAUGUCAUAUAUCAUAAGCAUUUAUAAUCUGUGGAAAUCUAAAGCUAAAAUAAGAAAAGUUUUGGAGCAGUAGAGAGCAGUUGUUUUUGCAUUUAUUAUUGCGGUAAUUUGUCUCAUUCAUUAAAAUCAAUAGAAUUUCAUAAGUGUAAAACAUUUGGAAGUCAAUAUCAACAGGUGUAAAACUUUUGCAUUUAUCUUACACAUGUACAGUAUGUUGGACAAGUGAAAAUUUCAGGUAACUGUAUCACCUUUUAUAUCAGUACAGGUAUAGUCAAAAGGUAAAUACAAUGAUAUAAUGAACCCAUUAACUGAAACCAAAGUACUGUACAUGCAUUGAGAGGUUUGGAAAAGGAUACAGUACUUAAAAUACUACAGUGCAACCUCGAAAAUUUGAAUUGCAUGGGCCCAUGUAGUAUGCGAAUUAAAACAAAAUCGAAUUUUAGAUGUAUAGAAGCACCAGAGUAAAUUGUUGUGUCAAAACAUGCUACAAAAAAUUAUUUACAUAUCUAAAAACUGUCAAUAAGCAAUAGUUAUAAUAAAUUAAAAGUAUUACUGUAUUUAUAUUCAACAACAUUUAUUCUAAUAUACAGUAUUUAGAACAUUAUAGCUACAGUGGUCUCCAUGUAAUCCUGCCAGUCUCCAGUACACCGCCACGAGACACGGAAGGGUAAACAGUGCGUGACCUAGCAUGUCUUGGAACCCGGAUGCGCUUGCUGUGCUCAGCAUUAUGAUCGCAUUUGAAAGCUUGAAUUAUUAUGGCGAUAUUUUCAAAUUCGAAACCUAAAAUUUUGGCACGUAUUUUUAAUCAGAUGCUAUUCGAAUUUUAGAUGUAUCCGAAUUUUUAGGUUCAAAUUUUAGAGGUUUUACUGUAUACUGUAGUGAGAAAUUAAAUGCGUGAAUAUGGAGAGGAUCAUUAUGCUUCAUGAGACAGCAAAUUGUAAAUAAAUUUGAUUUGCAUACAGUGCAGUAUGUGAAAAAACAUAACAAGAAUGAACAUAACUGCUUCAUUGGUUCAUACAAAAUGAAACAACCUCACUUUACUGUUUCAUUACAUUUUCUGCAAUUUUUAAUCAUAGCUUUGAUUUAUAUAUUCAAGAAAAUAUAUAUGAAUUUUUGCCAGUUGAAUGUAUUUCCCAAACACAUAGGAAUAACUUUAUUGAGGUGUUACCAAGAUGUGCACUGUAUGGUUUACUAACACUUGGGGAGCCUGAAUUAUUUUUACAGAAGUGAGCAUGAUGUGGAGGGCAUAAUUUUUAGGUAACCCUUGGGAUGGUAGUGAUUAGAAAUGAAAACAUUUUACCAUUUUACUGGAAAUUAGUUUCAUACUUUUGCCCUCAUAAAGGUUUAUGUUUUUGGAUUUAGCAAAGAUUAAAAUCAAACUGACUGGUGUUACUAGCCAGGGAUUUAGUGCUGUACUGUGUGACAUGUAUGUUCUUUCCUGUUAUUUUGUCAAGUUCUUUUUUUUUUUAUGUGUGUUUGGAGGCUACCUGAAAAUGCUCUCUACUGGUGAACCCAUAAAAUGGAACACAAAUUUUUCACUGCGGCUUCCUAGUUUGUCUGUCUGCCUAUAUGGGGCAUAAAAAUUAACCUCCAUACUAAAGGUUUUAUAUGUUGGCUCAAUGUGCCACCUGUAGCAAGUUUUUGUUAAAUUGACCGAUAAUUAGUUUGAAAUCUUAAACUCAUUCACAUGUAUAUGCUUUGCUAGGUCUGUGUUAUUGUCAGGCGAGUGAGAUAUACACAAAGUAAUCUCAAUUAUUUUGGUCAGUGUUAGCUGGAAUAGUGUUUUUAUAUGGCAGGUUAUCUCCAGACUAUCAUUAAUUUUUAUGUUAAGUGUCAAUAUUCACAUUUAUCUGGCUUAAAAAUUUAAUGAGAUUUAUAUGAGUUUGGAAGUGAUGUUACUUGAUCUACCCGACUGUAGCAGAAGCUUUAUGGUAGUAAGGAGAUGUGAGUUUUUAUAAUAAAAGCUUUGCACAAAAAGACCAGGAAACAUAAAAAAAAUAUCUAAAUGAUUUCUUCUUACAGCUGAUACAUUACAAUUUGAAGAAUGACAAAAGGGUAAAGUUAAAAAUUUUAACUGUGGCACUCAGGAGUCAAAAGGUAAGUAAUAUAAAUGGGUAAAUGUAUAGUCACAAGUGUUCAUGCUGCUACUUCAUGGAAUCAGUCUUGAGUAUAUUGUAUAUACUGUAUAAUGCUUCCAUGCCUAAUCUUUAAAAUUACAACAUGUAACACUUCCCCUCCCCCCACAAGGAAUAGGCCCCCUGGUAGGCUAGUUGUCUGUCAGUUUGGUAUAGGGUCACACAGGUCAAGAUUUUCUACCUUACUGUUUGACCAUAACUUGCAUGGGAAUCUGCUAGGUCAACCCUGGCAUCAGGCACGGGCCAGUAGAGCAGCAUGCUGAAACACUAACCACUACAGCACUGAGGCUAUAAAAUCACAACAUAAUGAAUUGAAAGCAAGAUAUGAUUUUAAAUGGACUAGUCAGUGAUGAAUUUCCUUGUGGAAGCCAUUUUGUCUUAAGUUACAAUGUUCUUGUGAUGGGUAAGAAUUGUACAUCCUGAAUGGUGAUAACUUAGUAAAUACUGUACAGUACUUGUAAACUUUGAUAUUUUAGAAAUGUUGAAUAUUUAUUUAUGAAAUUGAAGUACAAUUAAUAAUUGUAUGCAUAAAAUAAUGAUGUUUGGUAAAAAUGUUGUUAAAACUCCAAUAGAAACUUUACAUUACUUAAUACUGUAUUCUUCACUUAAUUUAAUAUAUUUUGAAAUUUCUUUUCACAUAAGUCAAAUAAUUUAAAGGUAGGGGUAUGAUAUUUAAGGAGAUAAAUGUUGAACUUACACGUGUGACAUGAGAAAUAUUUCAUUCUUUUUAUACAGCUCAAAAUUAGAACAUACUAUACAGUACACUCUGAUAAAAAGAAAUGUUUGGUUGUCAGCGACAUAUUCUUUUGAUUGUUCAGCAUAGAACUUUUGAAAGUACUGUACUUGAUCUGAGGCCAUUUAUCAUGUGUGAAUUUUAAGUACCUAUGUUUAUUCUGUAGUCUUGUCAGAUCAGUGUUACAUUUUUAUUUUUGGACAGUUAGGAUAGAUGUUGAUUUUCAUUGCAGUAGUUAUAUAAAUUAAUUGGAUACAGUGAUUCUCUCAUGAGCUUUAUUAUAUUCAGAUAUGAACAGAUAUAAAUUUUGGAUUUAUAUAUAUAUAUAUUAUCCACAUGGGAUAUAAUAAAAGUACAUUACCAAAA